AUGCGCCUUCGGCUGGUUAUAAACCGCAAUUCUCUCCCCACCAUGAAGAUAUGGUGGGACACAUCCGCAUUCCAGUCCGGCGAUGACAGAAAUAUUUCCUCACUUCUUAUCUGUGUAUCCCAGAUUGUUCCACUGGAGUUUUCAAAGUGGGGCCUCGAGGACUAUGCUGUAGAGAUUGGCGGAUUUGAGUGUUUGCAUUUUCAGGAGGUGGAUAGUAUCAUUAGGGAUGGCGAUGAAGUUGUGAUACGACCACUCUCAUCGCAUGAGAUCAAACAGCGACGACUCUCGGGUAGACGUCAAAUCAGCAUGUCAGGCCGGAAGCUAAUCGACGGCACUCCUUUUGGUCGUACCUUUCUUCGGCCAGCGCCGGAUCGACCAGCCCUAACAGCUCGGCCGGCCAAAAGGAGGAGAAUUGAAGAUGAUUCAAUUGCAGCUGAACUUGAGCCCGAAGACGAUGAGAGCUAUACUGAGGAAGAUGAGGAAACGGAAACGGAGGAUUCGAAUUCAGAAAAUGACGAAGAGGCCGUCAAGGAACGACAAAUCAUCCCAGCGAGGAGGAGUCUGAUACAAAAUAGGAAGUAUCCGGAUGAAAACGGAGCAAUCUCUGCCAAUAUGGAGCAAUAUCAUAACCCUUUGAUGGACCUCUAUUGUAAAGAAACAAUCGACGCCGAAACAGAAUUUAACAAGGAAGAGGAAUUGAAGAGAACUAGCGAGGGAAGGAGCCCAAAUUUUGAGGAAGAGAAAGGAAGCCCAACAAAUGUGAAAAGAUUGUCCGCUGCAGAAAUCAUAACCGCCGAUGUUGACUCUUCUGACUCAUCCGAUGAUGAUGAUUACGAUCCUAGAGAAUCUUCAGAUUCCUCAUCAGACGGGGAUGAUGAACACGAGGACGAUCAGGACGAAGAUGGGGACGUAGAUGGGGACGAAAGCAGAAUGGAAAGGGCCAUGCCCAUAGAGAAAAAGCCUACAACCCAAGAAUUCAAGAUUUCCGAUAUAAUAGCCCCCUCAGAAGAUGAAUCCUCAGAUAGUGAUUUCGACCCACAGGCGGCUACUGCCGAAGUUCAAAUCUCAGACGAGGUAUACAGCAGCCCGGAGCCAUCGUCGUCGUCGUCGUCGUCGUCGGAGGAGGAGGAGGAGGAGGAGGAGGAGGAGGAGGAGGAAGAUAGGGCAGAUCUCAAACCCAGAAAAGCAUUACCUAAAUUACAAAAACAGGGGUCUUAUGUUUGCUCCUCUACCUCGCCUAGAUCGUCGAGCUCGCCUAGUUCAUCCAGUUCAUCCAGCUCCCCAGAGCCGCCGCAGAAGCUGCCAUGUCGCCCUAAAGGACCUCCCGUGGCAUCAGGGACCCUCCCAAACGAAGGCAAGAAAUCUACGAAGUUAAGAAACCAACGUAAAAAGAUGCAAAGGUUAAAAGAGAAGGGUGUGGUCCCAGUCGAUAUGGAUAAUGAAGGGUAUUUAGCCUGGGUUUCUGAAAAAUCAGCCAUUGGAGCAAAAAAAAUAUACAACAAAGUAAGAAAGGCUGGAACUACUGAUCUGAACUUUGAUGAAUGGUUCAAUGAAAGGGAAAAGAGGCGCCUCAUGGAAUUAGAAAAGGGAACGGUCAAUGGGAAGGACAUCGAUGGUGACACCACGAUGGACCCUACAGACGACAUACCAGUCGAGGAAUCUUCUAAAGAAAGACACAUCCCUGGCCGGCCUAGUGUGAACAUCUCUGCUGCUCGGCGCAUGCUCCAUCAUGAUCUUGCUAUCACAAAAAGCCAAGCUCUAGAGAAGGAAAACAUGCGAAAGGAGUGGGUAGCUACACAUAAAGGCGACACAGCCAACAAAAGGAAAGGCUUUGCAAGAGAACAGUUUGGGAAAAAGCCAAAAAAAAUUAUUUAUGAUGGAGAUGGGAACCCCAUUUCAGCUUCUAUAGAUACCGAAGAAAUCGUGCAGGAGGAGGAAGACCCAGAUGCGUGGAGGCAAAAGCUAGCACUCACUGCAGUAGAAUGUGAGUGGGACAAUGUGGUACUCCCUGAACCGAGUUAUCCUUUCAAGCAACCUCGGUUCCCUCUGGGUGAUGUUGUGGCAGGACAGAAGAGAAAAAGAGGUGGUGGGAAGAAAAAGAAACAACAACAGGAUGAAUACGGGGCGCGAAAUGGCUAUGGGCAAAGCGAUGGUUAUUAUCAGCAGCAGCAGGAUUACGAUGAUUGGAACAAUCAUGACUACUACGAUGACACAACCUACCCAGCCGCCAAAGAUACAACUAUGGAGGAUCCGGUUUUGGUAGACGACCUCCCACCUCUCCCAGCAGAUUUAUCCACUCUUCAUCCACUCUCAAAGCCGGUUCUCCCGGGAACGGUGCUUGCCUUUAAACAGUUCACAAUGGAUAAAAACUACACGCCAAUAAUCGCUGACUACAAAACUGCCAUUGUUGAAGAGGUUAUUGAUGAACCAGAUGGUCCGUUGCUUGUGAUGAGACUAGCAAUUAGAGAUCGUAUGGAGAGAGAGGUGGAUAAAACGACCGGCGAGAAGGUCUUGAGGAAGUUCGAGAUGCCUGGGGAUACCAGAUCCGAUGAGGGGAAGGAGGAGUUGAUGUGGGGGGAGCUUAUGCAGCCAUUGUUGGUGAAGUUGCCCGAAGGUGCAAAGGCAAAUUCCAAUGAUGAAAAAGUAAACGGAAACGACGCGAACGGAAAUGGGGACAAUGCUUCUCUGGAUCGUGCGGACGGAGCUGCAGAUGGAGACGACAAUGGAACGGAGGAGGCAAUGGAUGAUGCCCCAAAUGCAGAACCAGACGAGGCGGAAAGGGGUGGUGAAGAACCCACCUCUGGACAAGCGGGAAAAACUAGCCCCACUCUUUCCGAGAGAAUUGCAGCAACUCUAGAAGCGGAAGAAGAAGAAGCUCUUCUAGAGGAACUCGCCGCAGAUAUGGCAGUGGUCACAGAUGAACAUGCAGCUUCCCAAGAAGAGGCGGUGGAUACACAGCUGCCAGAUGCCCAGGUCACAAACUCUCCGAAAUACUCCUACUCCUUUCGUGAACUCAACACGCCUGAGCCAGAAGCACAGGUGGUCGACACUACAGCAGUAGCACCUGACACUCCUCCGUCCUUGGAGGCCCAUAGCGCGCAGCAAUCUGUCUACGAUUCCGACGACUCUGACUGCCUUCCAAGUCUCGAACAUAUGCUUUCCCACUCACAGCGAGCAUCAGUCAAGGUUGAAGCCUCAACUCAAGAUGAACCGCAACUCCUACCAUUGCCUGUGUUCUCCCCGUUCGGAAUGAAAACAAGUUCACGGGAGGAGAAGUCAUUGGAUGAACAGCAGAUUCAGCACGAGGUUGAGGGGGCCAAGGGAGUGAGCAAUGGUCCAAAGAAGAUUACCAUCAAGAGUGGAGUUACUCAAAGUCAGGUACAGGUUAUCGAUCUAACAGCCACUAGCAGUGAUGCAGAGGAGAUUCAGAGAAAGAAGAGAAAUAGGAGAGGGAAAAAAAAGACUGGAAAUGAUGCGUGGAGGGCCGUCAGGAGCUAG